UUUUGUCAGCUUCAUCUAUAGCUAGAUCUACCAUGUUUUUCAAUCGUGCAGCUACUGCUCCUUUUAAAGACCGCCAUGAUGCCGGGCAAAAAUUGGCAGAAGCUUUAAAGAAUUUUAAAUCUCAAAGGGACAAAGUUGUGGUUCUAGCAUUACCGAGAGGAGGUGUGCCUGUGGCUUUUGAAGUGGCAAAAUCGCUGGGGGCACCUUUGGAUUUGUUAAUGGUUCGCAAAAUCGGUGCUCCAGGACAUGAAGAAUAUGGAAUAGGUGCCGUAGUUGAAGGUAACCCUCCAGAAUUGGUUAUGAACGAGGAUGCUGUUAAAUACACUCAACCUCCAGAGGGAUAUGUUCAAGCAAUGAUGGAAAAACAAUUGAAGGAAAUUGCACGCCAAAGAAACCGUUAUUUGGGUGACCGACCUCCUCUUUCACUUGCCGGCAAAAUCGCAAUUGUUGUUGAUGACGGAAUAGCUACAGGAGGGACAGCGAGAGUAGCAAUGAAAGCAUUACGUCAAAAGAAUGUUGCAAAAGCAUUGUUGGCAUCCCCUUUAGCUCCCUCUGAUACUCUUGCCGAACUUCGUGCAGAAGGCAAUGAAGUACUUGUUCUUGAAACCCCUCCAAAUUUUUCUGCUGUUGGACUUCAUUAUACAAAAUUUGACCAGACUAGCGAUGAGGAAGUAAUUGAUUGCUUGGAAAAAUCGAGGGAAUGGUUGCCAAAAAAUAAUGAUUUAAAGAAUUAAAUUUUUAAUACUAUAUUUCUAAUUUUAUUUGGAUUUUAUUUAAAUUGCCUACUAUUUUUGUAGCUGUAAAAACCAAAAAAUUAAUAUUUUGCAAUUAUUUUACAGAUUAUUUAAAUAAUAAAAAAUUAAUAAUUUAUUUACAUUUUUUAUAUC